AUGAUUGCGAGGCAAAAUGUUGCUGUUGUUAUCACACGACCCUGGAUCAGUAGACACGCGCCCGACAACGGACGACUUUACCGCCAUCCAGUCAUGAAUGUUACACGUCCGGCCAGGACACGGGACUACAUGUAUCAAGGAAACUCACUGCCUUUCCAUCUGGGAGGACAUGUGUGGUCGAAUGCAUGCUCGCCCCUCGAGUAUCCUUCAGCGACCGUUUCUCAGGGCAUCCCAGGCUUCCGCAGAAUCCGCAAAGAAACAAGAAAUGAGAAACAGUACAGCGACAUUGACGCUCCUGUUGACGAAGCAAAUGAUUACGAAACGAAGUGA